AUGAUCCCCACGACUCAGGUGCCGCGGCCACACCUCUUAGCAAAAGAUAAUGCUCUCCUGUGCAAUGCUUUAGCACUGAAAUCCGUUCUCCAUGCCACGACUAACGGAAUUGUGGAAGUCGGUCUCGUCAUGCUGCUAGCAUUACCAUCAGAAAUCAUACUACUCACGGUUGAAUCUCUCGCAAACGCACGAGAUGUCAAUUCAUUAGCUCGCUCAAGCAAACGACUAUGGCACUUGGCAAACCCGCUCUUAUAUGCCCUCUUUGGCUCUGGUAGUCUCCUAUGGGCCGCUGAAAAAUGGCAAAUAGAUACCACUGAAAGAGCAAUAUUUUACAAAAUCGAUAUAAACGAGACCGAUAAUCUUAAAAGAACUCCACUCAUUAUUGCUGCGACGAGUAGCCCCAGCUGUCUUGUUGCUCUUCUUCUAAGGUUCCACGAGGUAAACAUGAACGCACAGGAUGAGGACGGCCGAACAGCGCUCUGGCAUGCAGCUGAACGCAAUCGAUUUGAGACGGUAAAACUGCUUACCCAGAAAUCCAGCAUUAACCUCAAUUGGGACGAUGCGAAUGGCACAACUCCGCUCAUGAUAGCGGCUUCGCUCGGAAACUGGGAGAUUGUAGAGCUAUUCGUUAGCUUAUCAGAGCUGAACCCUAACGCUCAAGACAAGAAUGGACGAACGGCUUUGUGGUAG